AGGCCCAAACAUAAAUGCCCCAACCUUUUUAAUUCCCAGCGAAACACACCAAUCUACAACAGCCGCCGCCUCAGCCAGUUCGUCGACUCCCCCGCCGCCGAGCUAUCUGUUCUACUCUGCUUGAACUCAACCACAUAGCCCUAAUUUUCUGUUCAUAAGGCUCAAACACUUUUUUCAGAUGGCAACUCACGAGGCUGAUGGAAAUUCCAUUUCUCCAUCUCGUAUAGAAUCAUCUGAACUAGCAGCCAUGCAGGAGAAAGCUCACAAGGGUUCUUCAAGUUCUGGACCCAAGCAUGAAUCUCGUGAACAUGCAAGAGAUAGGGAGAGGGAGUCUAAAAGCAGAGACAGGGAGAGGGAAAGAGGUAGUAGAGACAAAGAUAGAGACAGGGAAAAAGAGAGGAAUAGGGAUCGGGAAAGGGAGAGGGGUAGAGACAGAGACGGGGAAAGGGAACGGGAUAAGGAUCGUGAUCGACAUCACCGAGAUCGCCACAGAGAUCGAAGUGAGAGAAGGGAGAGGACCAGAGAUAAGGGUGAUGAGGAUGACUACUACCGAAGCAGAGACUAUGACAGACGGAAAGAUUAUGAUAAAGAUAGGGAAGAAAGGCACCGACACAGAUCCAGGUCUCGUUCAAGGGCUAAAUCUGAGCACAGAUCAAGAUCGCGUUCCCGUUCACGUUCUAAAAGCAAAAGGAUGAGUGGUUUUGACAUGGCUCCUGCUACCUUGCUUCCAAAUACUGCUGCUGCUGUAGCAGGUCAGCUUCCUGGAGCCACCCCCACAAUUCCUGGAAUGUUCCCCAGUAUGUUACCAUUGCCAGGAGGACAGUUUGGAGCCCUCCCUGUUAUGCCAGUGCAGGCAAUGACUCAGCAGGCCACCAGGCAUGCUCGCAGGGUCUAUGUUGGUGGUCUUCCGCCAACUGCUAAUGAACAGUCUGUGGCAACGUUCUUUAGUCAUGUUAUGUCAGCAAUUGGAGGAAAUACUGCUGGUCCAGGAGAUGCCGUGGUAAAUGUUUACAUUAACCAUGAAAAGAAAUUUGCUUUUGUGGAGAUGAGAUCAGUUGAAGAGGCUAGCAAUGCAAUGGCUUUAGAUGGCAUUAUUUUUGAGGGUGCCCCAGUUAAAGUUAGAAGACCGAGUGACUAUAACCCCUCGCUUGCUGCCACUCUGGGCCCCAGUCAACCUAAUCCCAAUCUGAAUCUUGCAGCUGUUGGGUUAACACCAGGAUCUGCUGGGGGGCUUGAAGGCCCUGACCGCAUAUUUGUUGGUGGAUUGCCGUAUUAUUUCACAGAAUCGCAAAUCAGGGAGCUGCUCGAAUCCUUUGGACCACUUCGGGGUUUUGAUCUGGUUAAAGAUAGAGAAACAGGGAACUCCAAAGGCUAUGCAUUUUGUGUUUACCAGGACUUAUCUGUUACAGAUAUUGCUUGUGCAGCUCUUAAUGGGAUAAAGAUGGGUGAUAAAACGCUCACUGUUAGGCGUGCUAAUCAAGGUACAACACAGCCUAAACCUGAGCAGGAGAGCGUGCUAUUACAUGCGCAACAACAAAUUGCAUUACAGAGGCUCAUGUUAGCACCCAAUAUUGAACCGAUUACAAAGGUUGUUUGCUUAACAAAUGUGGUUACCCCCGAUGAGCUCAUGAAUGAUGAUGAUUAUGAAGAUAUACUCGAAGACAUGAGAACUGAAUGUGGGAAGUUUGGUAUGUUGGUGAACUUAGUAAUUCCUCGUCCCGUUGCUGGUGUAGAAAAUGCACCAGGUGUAGGGAAGGUGUAUUUGGAAUACGCGGACACUGAAAGUGCCGUAAAAGCUCGGCAAGGACUGAAUGGAAGGAAAUUCGGUGGAAAUGAGGUUGUUGCAGUUUUCUACCCAGAAGAGAAGUUUUCGGAGGGAGAUUACAGCGGAUAGUUCCCUCUUGUAGGAAGUCAACUUACUUGGAUUUGAAGUAUGAUCUAUUGCAUAGGCCUCUUGUGAUUAUGUUCUGCGCUUCUAGAACUAUGUCUGUGGGGUAUGGUGUUAUGAUUUUUAUAGGAUGUUUCCUAGUCUACUCUUGCUACCUUGUUUCUUAUAUCCACUGAGACUCUAUUUCUUCAAAGUUGCUUAACAAUUAAUAGAACUUCAUUGUCCAUGAUAAA